UGGUGCGUGCAGAAAUCAAGAGCGAGGAGCGGGAGCAGGUAACGAGAAAUGGCUAGGCGUAUGACGCCUUGGGAAAUUCGGUCGCGAGGGAUCUUGCCGCCACGUUUCUUGGAUAGAAGGGUGGAGGUUAGCCUGCCCUCCAAGGGCGGGGUGUAUAAUCCGGUGAUGGGCUGGGUUGGGGUAGAACUAGUAGAGGACACGGUGUACCUGGUGGUGGAACUAGAAUGGCACGCAAGGGGUGAGUUUGGGGGCACCAACCUGGAGUUGCCAGGAUGGGUGCACGCGACAGGGUCCCUAUACUUGUCGGAUGCGGGAUGGCGGACCUUCGGGGUGGCCCUGGCGGAUGACGGUGACCCCGUACGGAUGUUUGACGGGGCGUGGAAGGUGACCUGGAGGGAAGGGUUUGCGUUCGCCAGCCCGGACCGGGAUGACGUAACGGCGACCGUCCGGGUGGUCGAGGUAGGAGCUAGUAUCUUGCCUUAUGAAAAUGUGCGCAUGGUUUUGCCACCCUUUUUGCUUGAGCGAAUGGGAGGGGUAGAACAUGCUGAGAUGGCAGUAAUAGCCCUGGGUAGGUUGAGUUUUAGUAACAUGACCGUCUAUCGAGAAUACUAUCGGGCCUUUCUGGAACUAGGGCCGUUCGAUGAGGAGCAGGAGUACGAGGUGCUAAACAUUCUACAGGCCGUAGUGGGCACUAGACCUAGAAUACUGACGGUAACCGAGGAAGUCGUGUGGGAGAUAGCUAGGCGCGAGAUAGGAUGCGGGCUGACAAAGAUCCCGGAAGGAAGCGUUCAGAGGUAUAAGCCAGUAGGAAAGAAGGCGAAGCCGGUCUCCAUCCUACUCGAGAUGACUAAGGAGGAGGCCAUGGAAAAGGAGGAGGAGGUUCUUCGGGUACUUAGAGAAAGGAGGGUGGCGGAAGGACAUAUGAUACCGGAUGAGGUGGCCCAAAUCAUGAAGAUCGGAGUAAAGGGUUUUCUGACGGAGCAAGAAACACAGGCAAUCAAAGAAGUAUGCCAAGAAUCUCACCUAGCAUUCGCUUUCAAUAACCAUCAGAAAGGGCGCCUGGACGCUAAGUUGAUCCCACCAGUCAGGAUCCAUACGGUUGAGCAUGAGUGUUGGAAUGACAAGGGACCGGCCUACGACUUUGGGAUCGCAGGAGAAGUGACGGAGCUCCUUAGGGCAAAAGUGGACUCCUUCGUGGCAGAACCCACCGCGUCUCCUUAUGCCAAUAAGUGGUUUGUAUUCCGCAAGCCCAACAAGUCACUUAGGUGGAUUCAGGACCUGCAAAAGUUAAAUGCUGUCACCAUCCGGGAUGCGGGAUCGUUGCCGCAGGCAGAUCUCCUGGCCGAAUCCCAUGCCGGACGCAGUAUUUACUCCUUGAUAGAUCUGUACUUAGGAUACGACCAGCUGCCGCUGGACGCACGAGAUAGGCCCUACACGGCUAUGCAUACGCCAGUAGGACAGUUGCAGAUGCCGGUCACGCCUAUGGGAUUUACUAAUGCGGUAGCAGAGGCACAGAGGAGGAUGCUCGCGGUGGUCGGGGACAUGUUCCCAGACAAAUGUGAGCCCUACAUUGACGACAACCCUGUCAAAGGAGCACGGGAGAAGGAUGAGACCGAAGUCCAGCCGGGGAUAAGAAAGUUUGUUUGGGACCACCUGCAGGAUAUUAAAGAGCUGCUGCGAAGAUUCCUAGAAUACAACAUAACCGCUAGCGGUCCGAAGAGUAUCUUGGCAGUUCCAGAAGUCACAAUUUUGGGAUUUCGUUGUGGGGCUUAUGGAAGGAAGCCGGAUCCGGCUCAGACAGAUAAGAUAGCACAGUGGCCUACGCCCUUUCGAACUACAACAGAAGUCAGGGCAUUCCUGGGGGUGGUAGGCUUUUGGAGAAUCUUUAUAAAAGGGUUCGCAAAGAUAGUGGAACCGAUUCGAGCCAUGAUCCGUGAAGAAGGCACGCUCGAUUGGACUGAGGAAAGGGAAUCGGUCGUCCAGACCCUGAAAAAUAUUCUCACAUCCGAAGAAGUCACCCUUGCUGCUCCGUGUUUCAACGACGAGUUCGACUAUAAGAUUGAGCGCAUAGCCGGCCUUAGGAAUCGAGCAGACGGACUGAGCAGGGUGACCCUCACACCCGAAGGGCUAGAAGAGGCAGAGCCGAUCGACGCGUUCCUCGACUACGAGGGCGGGACGCUGGUAGUAGACAGCGAGAUGGGCGAAACCACUUGCACAACUGGGGAGCUAUUGAUCAAAACACUCGAAAAGGGGCCUCCGACAGUGGUUGCCGAGUUAAGGGAAGGUACGGUCACCAGAGUUGGAAGGAGGGAAGAGAAGGACGCUUGGGGCAGUGUUGUGAAGCCCCGGGAUCAACAAAUCGCACUAGCCGUUGAGGGAGGCUGGAGAAGGGUUAUGAGCAUGAAGGAGUCUCAGGAGCUGGAGAUGCAGCACUAUCAGGCCUAUCAGGUGGAUAAUAAUCAGACGGGGACUCAAGAAGAAGAGCAGUUCUUCCUCAUCAAGUCAUAUGAAGGUAUAGAAGUCAGGCGGACCAAGAUGACACCCAACAACGGGAACGAUAUUAAUCAAGCAAAUAUCAAUGUUGAUGACCCAUGGCGGCAACCAGAGAGGCCGCAAAACAGAAACAGACCGGUGCUCGUGAUAGGAUCGCAACCCCGGCCCCCUGUGAGGACGGGAAAAAGGAAGAUGCGAGCCUGUAGAUCCUCCCCUACAAAAGAAGGCGAUGUGCUCCCAGCCUGGCCAGAGGAUGAAAGUGAGCAAGAACGGGAGGAAAGGAGGGAAGAAAAAGGGACAGAGGACCAGCACAAGGAAGAACCUGGACAGGGAAGCCGGAAAGACGCGAAGGGAUCCACAGAAGAUGACAGUGAGACAGGGGAGGACAUUCCGGAGAUUGUAAUUGUAAGUAGCGAUGAUGAGAUGGAUAGGGUCUCAAGGUCCAGGCCGAAAGGACAGGCAUCAACAAGCAGGGCCUCAGAGGAGGUCCAUGAUUGGGAGGAGGUAUUCGGCCCCACACCCAGUCAUUGGUUCGAGGUGUGGGCCAGCACUUUCAGACAUGACUGGAUUAUUAUAGCCCGUAGCCUCAUGGCGGCUGGGGAGAGGGUCACGCCAACGGACUUUUUCUCAAAAGAAAUAUUACAUGAUAUGAAGGCAACAUUGGACGAGAUACGGACCUACGGGCUGGGGGUGGCGCCGCCACCAAAGACAGAGGAGGGCAGGGGCGCUAAGCGCCAAAGAACGGGUCGGGAUGCUGGGAAUUAAGGGUUGGCAAACUGGGGUUGGAUGACAUGGUUGGAUGUAAAAUAGGGGCGCUGGGACUCGGCAAACCAAUCAGGGAGAAAGGCGGGGGUGGUAUUUUGUUAAGUAGCUUCCUAGAAACAGAGUUAGUCAAGGCAAGGAUGUGGGACUUUAUGUGAAACAAUGCCGACUGACCUGAAACUUGCCAAAAGACAUAAGGGCAAGCUGGGAGAUGCAGAGAGAGACAACGUUUUGAGUAUCAACUACUUUUUCUGAGUUUGGCAAAGACGAAGGAGAGUGUGAUGGGGGAUUCGAACAUAAGGAGGCUGUCUCUUUGCUAUUUAAACAAUCUGUAAUUCGGUUUCUGUCUUCUCAACAAAUUGUGAUACUCGUU